UGCAGGUUUCAGGAGCUUCUGAAGAAUACAGCUCUGUAGGAUGAUGCUCAGCCCGCGUUGCUUUCUGGAGUGAGGGAUUUAUAAUGGACUACUCGUUCCAACUGCACUAGGAGGUUCAAGCCAGACAGUAUUUACACACGUCCAUUUCCUUAUUCUCUACGAAGAUGCUCCAUCUAAACGGAUAACACUGACAGUCGGGAUCGAGGAUUGUACCAGACUAAACUCUACUUUCUCUCGGCUUUUUGCUUUGGUGUGGCAGCCCUUUAUAAGGAAGGGUCACUGGGGUAAACGGAUCUGUUUUAGGUUGGGGGGGGGUUUGGGAGCCUAUGCUAUGGUGAUCGUCUCGCUCUCUAACAGCUCCUGCUCAGGCACAGAGAGACUCACAACACCUCCUCGGGACAAAGGAUAGAUGAGGCCACUGUGUGCUUCCUAACGGUUGUGAGCGUGUGUUGGGCCGUGGCCUAGCAGUAUUACAGCAGCCAUGGUGAAGCUGGCCAACCCGUUGUACACCACCUGGAUCUUGGAAGCCAUUAAGAAGGUAAAAAAGCAAAAGCAGCGGCCGUCCGAAGAGCGCAUUUGCAAUGCUGUGUCAAUGUCCCAUGGGCUUGACCGCAAAACGGUCCUGGAGCACCUUGAGCUCAGCGUUAAAGAUGGCUCUGUACUCAAGGUGUGCAAUAAGGGGCUCAACUCCUACAAGGACCCUGAUAACCCUGGACGCUUGGGGUUUACCAAACCUCGGCCGGGAGGGAGUUCCAGCGCCUCCAGCUCUAGUAAGAAACCAGGUCUGGACUGGAACAAGCUCAUCAAGCGCUCUCUAGAAGGGCUUCACGAACCCGGCGGAUCCUCGCUGAAGAGCAUCGAACGCUUUCUGAAGUGCCAGGCGGAUGUUGCGGGUUAUCUGUCUGGCAGCGGCUCUAUGGGGCCAGGUAUUUUCCACCAGCAGCUCCGAGUGUCUCUGAAGCGGGCCGUUUCUCACGGACGGGUGGUAAAACAAGGGCCGCUCUUCCGCUUGGUGAGCAGGAGUUCUCAUAACGACGGGACGGGGUGCGUGUCUCUGGAUUCUCUGCCUCCGGUGCGUCUUCUGCCUCACGAACAAGAUCGGCCCGUGGCAGAGCCCAUACCCAUCUGUAGCUUCUGUUUGGGGACCAAUGAACAGAACCGUGACAAGAAACCCGAAGAGCUCAUCUCCUGUGCAGACUGUGGGAACAGCGGGCAUCCUUCCUGUCUGAAGUUCUCUCCAGAGCUCACAGCGCGGGUCAAAGCUCUCUGGUGGCAGUGCAUCGAGUGCAAAACCUGCAGCAGCUGCCAGGACCAAGGGAAAAACGCAGACAACAUGUUGUUCUGUGACUCCUGUGACCGAGGUUUCCACAUGGAGUGCUGUGACCCCCCACUGAUGCGAAUGCCAAAAGGUUUGUGGAUCUGUCAGAUCUGUCGGCCGAGAAAAAAAGGAAGAAAGCUCUUACAUGAAAAAGCAGCACAAAUCAAGCGGAGAUAUAAUGCUCCACUCGGGCGACCGAAGGGCAGACGGGGCCGUCCCUUUAAGAAGCUUCGAGGAGGUGGGCGUGGCAGAAGAAGGCGGGGUACUGGAGGCGUCGACCAAUGCUCACAAGGCUCCUCCUCCCCACACUCCUCCUCCAGUUCCUCAUGUGAAGGCUAUCCCGGCGACGAUCGCAUGCUGUUCUCUCUCAGAGAAGACGACUCUGAGCACGGUGGCCUGCGUUUUAACAAGAAAACAAAGGGUUUGAUCGACGCCCUCAGCAAGUUCUUCACACCAUCCCCGGAGGGACGGAAAGCCCGAGCUGAAGUGGUGGACUAUUCCCAGCAAUAUCGCAUACACAAGAAGAGCAACCGCAAGGGCGAGCAUGACGAGCGGACAGGGGACAAUCAGGAGUGUGGAGACAACUGGCAGGAGGACGAAGACAAACUGCCAGGACACGAGAACCUAACUGAGAAAGACGUGGAGCUCUUUAGACACAUUCAGGAACUGGCACUACAGAAAGUCGGGGUGACUGGUCCUCCGGAUCCCCAAAUGCGCUGCCCAUCUGUUAUAGAGUUUGGGAAGUAUGAAAUUCAGACGUGGUACUCUUCUCCAUACCCACAGGAGUACAGCAGGCUCCCUAAGCUCUACCUCUGUGAGUUCUGUCUGCGAUACAUGAAGAGCCGCAGCAUCCUCUACCAGCACAUGAGAAAGUGCAGCUGGUUCCACCCGCCUGCCAACGAGAUCUACAGGAAGGACGACGUGUCCGUGUUCGAGGUGGAUGGAAACAUCAGCACAAUAUACUGUCAGAAUCUGUGCCUGCUGGCCAAGCUCUUUCUGGACCAUAAGACGCUGUAUUACGAUGUGGAGCCCUUCCUCUUCUAUGUGCUCACACAGAAUGACAGUAAGGGCUGCCAUCUGGUAGGAUACUUUUCAAAGGAGAAGCAUUGUCAACAAAAGUAUAAUGUAUCCUGCAUUAUGAUUCUUCCACAAUACCAGCGCAAGGGCUAUGGGCGAUUUCUCAUUGACUUCAGUUACCUGUUGUCCAAGAGGGAAGGCCAGCCGGGCUCACCAGAGAAGCCACUGUCAGACCUUGGCCGCCUCUCCUACAUGGCAUAUUGGCGUAGUGUGGUCCUGGAGUGCCUACAUGAGAUCAGAGAUCGACAGCUCACCAUCCGCAAACUCAGCAAAAUCACUGGCAUAUGUCCUCAAGAUAUCACGGCCUCUCUGCUUAAUCUGAAUAUGCUGGAACAGAAAGGAGACCGAGUGAUUAUCCUGUGGCGAGAGAAACUGGUGGCCUCUCACAUGGCUCGACUUAAAGCCAAACCUCGGCUCCUUGAAGUUGAUCCAGACUGCUUGCGCUGGACACCUGUAAUCGUCACCAACACAGUAGCAUCUGAAGGAGAAGGGGAUGAAGAUGAGGAAGAAGGAGAGGAGGGACCUAAAGAUAUCAAACCCAGCCACAAGAGCUCCCCUCUCUCUUGGCAUAUGAAAGGGGAACGGGAAAAGGAGGGAGAGAAAAAGAGCUUUCCAGCGUUCCCAAAAAACCAAAGCUCUCCUCCAUCCUCUUCUGUUUGCAACCGUGUUCUCAGUCCUGAGCGUUCUCCCCUUUUUCUUACGGCUAAUGGGGAGCGCAGGAGACCUGGCCGCCCUCCCAAAAACUGGUUAUGGGGCAAAGUGAAGGAUGUACCACGUACAGGACCAGGUCGACCCCGUAAACCAAGGCCCCCGGAUGAUGACGAAGACGACGUGGAGGAGGUGGAUGAUGAUGAUGAUGAAGAAGAGGAUGAAAGAACUGGCAUUAAUAAAGUGACGGCAUCACCGAUGCUCUUGGCCUUAGAAAAUGAGCCUGACUCCACAUCAGCCUGUCCCUUGGAGGCUUCUAGGUACCCCGCAGUUCCACAGUCACGCAGCAGGGGGCGCCCUCCACGGAAGAAGUGUGUCCCAAAACGCAGGCUUGGUGAGGAGCCUGAAGAUGAACUGCCAUCUUUGCCUCAUACAACAAGGCUGAGUGAACCCACGCCAGCCUUCUUCAGUGAGAGCAGUGAAGAUGAGGAUGAAGACGAUGAGGAAGAGUUAAGGAGUCGAUCACCACCUGUCCUAACCAAACCCACAUUAGGGCUCAAAUGCAAGACUCCGAAGUCGUUGCGGAAGAGACGUGUACGUCAGCGCAGCCAUCCCCACAGCAGCGUCAUUACAGAGACCAUCUCAGAGACAACUGAGGUUCUGGAUGAGCCGUUUGUUGAUUCAGAUUCUGAAAGACCCAUGCCCAGACUAGAAGAAGAAACUCCUUUCUGCAACCCUAUCCGACGCUACGCAGCGGCGCGCAAACACAUGGGACCUGCUCCGAAAAGCAUCAGCAGAGGCAAUCUGACUGAAUCGGAGGAAGACGAUCCCACUCCGGUGCUGAAGCCGGUUGCUGUCCUGAGAAAACCUGAACCUUCAGAGGCCAACCAGAGAACAGGGGCAACCGUUGAGAUGCCUGAGGUUCCAGUAAAAAGAAAGAAAGGCUGGCCUAAGGGCAAGAGUCGCAAGCCACUCCACUGGAAGAAGAGUCCAGGCAGAAAGCCUUGUAGUGGACCCGGUCAGACAGCUGACACCAGUCUAGCAGAUCCAUCCUCAGAGGACCCACCACCUCCAAAGAUGAAAAUGAAGCCCGGCCGGAAACCUCGCAGCUAUUACCUGCAGCGUGCACAAGAGGAAGCGGCCAGACAGGAGUUUGAGGGAAGCAGAUUGGCUCAGCUAGACAUUUCAACACUGGAGGACAAAUCCUGUAAUAGGACAGCCAGAGCUUUAAGCCCUGAGAAACAGAAAGACUCGGAAGAUGAGGACGAUUUCCUUCAGGACCUAAGAGAGCCAUCCAAACCCAAAAGGCGAGGUCGGCCUCCAAAAAAUGACAACCUCCCUCCCCCUGUACCUAAAGCUCCUCCUGUGUCUGAGCCAGAAGAGGAAGAUGAGGAGGAAGACCAACCAUGGUCAGUUGAGAAGACCAGCCGUCCUCCUUCUCGUACCAUGUCGCAGUCUUCCAGCUCCAGAGUUUCUCAGCCGAGAGCUGUUGCAGAAGAUGAUGAAGAUCGAGAUGAUGAAGAUAACGGUGUUAAUCGGAGAACCGCAGCCACACCGGGCUUAGGGAGCCGGCGCAGCGACGAUCACGAUGCCGACGACGAAGGGGAUGGUCGUCUCGAAGAGAAAAGUGACAUUAGCAGUAAAAGGAGAAAGGUCCACGACUCUGAGGAUGAUGUUGAGGAGCAAGAGGACGAAGAAGAGGAAGAGGAGCCAUCAUCACCUGCUCGCUCUCCCCCCGUGAAAGAAGAACCCCAGAGCAGUGAGGGUUUUUUAGACAUGCAGACAAACGUGGCAAGGAAUUACGUCAGCAAGCAGGAAGAAGUUGAGGACGAGGAGGAGGAUCCAGAGGAAGUGCAUGAGGUGAAGACGAGCUCUGCUGAUUCGGAGGAACGCCGUCGACGAGAGCAGGAGGAAUCUGCGGCGGCCGCUGCGGCUGUAGAGACUGUAACCGCGAUCGCAGUGCCUUCUGAGCCGCUGGAAAUGCAUCCGUUGCACGUUGAGGAUAAGACCGUGCUCAUGAUGGAGGCUGAGCAUUCCCACCAGCAUCCCGACUUCAAAGAUGACUUGAGUCACCAGCAACACACGCAUCACCACAGCAGCGAGCUGGAUCUGGAAACCGUCCAAGCUGUACAGUCUCUCACGCAAGGCGAGGCUCCAGAGGAGGAUGCAGAGUCCCACGGAGCUUACCAGGAUUGUGAAGAGACGCUAGCUGCCUGCCGAACUCUGCAGAGCUACAGUCACGCUGAGGAGGAAACGCUAGCUCUAGUGGAGGAUUGCGGAGCCUCCCAACACAGUCCUAUGCCUAACCCACCCAUGCCUUCGUUACCAAACCAGUCUGUCCGUUCCGUCAGCAGUCCUGGGAUGACUCCUGGUCCUAUGGAGCCUGGAUCGGGAGUGCCUGGUCCGACAGGAACCGCAGGGGGGGCAUAUACCCAAAUAACCCCAGAGCAUCCCAGCUCUCUGUCCGCUCCCUCAUUGCAAAACAUGGAGACCUCUCCUAUGAUGGACGUGCCAUCUGUUUCCGAUCAUUCCCAACAAGUGGUGGACAGUGGAUUUAGUGAUUUGGGCAGCAUUGAAAGCACUACGGAAAACUAUGAUAAUCCGAGCAGCUAUGAUUCAACGAUGGGCGGCAACGGAGGAGGGAAUGGAAGUAACGGAGGUGGCAUGUCCGCAGCGGCCGUAGCGUCUUCCUCAUCCUCAUCCUCAACUUCAACCACAUCGUCUUCGUCGUCUUCACAAGGCAGCAGCUGCUCCUUCAUCACCACGUCGUCCAGCACUGGAGUCGGCUCUCAGAUGGGCAUAGGCAGCUGUAGCCUUAUCCAACAAGCUGGUCCUGGACAAAACGGCGGAAACGGCGUACCACCUCCUCCUCUGCCUCCGCCUUCCUCUGGCACUCCAAGCUGUGGAAUAAAAUCUCCGCAAGGCUGCGUCAUCGAAAGACCGCCGAGUGCCAACCAGCAGCAGCAGAAGAAAGUCUCACAACCAAGUCAACAACAACAGCAAAACCCACAGCCUCCACCUUCCGCUCCUCCGCCGCCUCCUCCUCAACAGCAGUCGCUCUCGCAGUGCAGUAUGGGAAACAGCUUCGCCUCCACACCAAUGAUCAUGGAGAUUCCAGAGAGCGCUGGGAGCGCCGGAGGAGGCCGGAGUUUGUAUGACCGCAUGGGACAAGACUUCAGUGCCGGCGGUUACACUCAACACUCUGCUUCUUUCAGUUUAGCCAAACUCCAGCAGCUAACCAACACCAUCAUGGACCCCCAUGCAAUGUCUUAUUCACAUUCGGCUGCGGUCACCUCCUACGCGACGAGCGUUUCAUUAUCCAACCAAGGCUUGGCGCAGCUCACUUCUUCUCCACACCCGCCCCACGCCCAGCCCACUAUGACUCCACCUCCAAAUUUGAGCUCUGGCUCCAUGAAUCUCAGCUCCCCUUUGAUCCAGUGCAACAUGACCGGCGCCAACAUUGGAUUGCCGCCUCCUCCGCACACGCAGCGUUUGCAAGGCCAGAUGGCCGCAGUUAAAGGCCACAUUUCAAUUCGCUCCAAAGCCUCCCAGAUUCCUACAGGCUCCUCGCACCAGCAGCAGUUGUACAGCCGCAGCUCUGGCGCUGUGACCAUGCAAGGCUCUCCACGAACUUUAGCGGUGCAACGUGGCAUGAUGACGAACCUCAUGCCCACCCCUGCCGCUUACAACUCCAUGAACAUGAAUCCGCUCAAUGCUGCCAUGUCUGCUGGCUACCGAAUGCCUCAGCCCAUGAUGAACAGCGGGUACCACAGUAACCCAGCUUACAUGAACCAGCCAGCCCAGUACCCCAUGCAAAUGCAAAUGGGCAUGAUGGGAGGCCAGGCUUAUCCCCAGCAGCCUAUGCAGCCCAAUCAUCAUGGAAACAUGAUGUACACGGGCCCCUCGCACCACAGCUACGCUGGGGUCCCCAAGCAGUCUCCAUACAUGAGCAGAUGAGCGGCAGAGAACGAGCAGAGAGAGACGUUCCCCGUCGAACUCUGCAUCUCUGUGUUCAUCCAUUUGUAUCCACCACCCUCCAAAGUCCGGGUGAAAAUGCAAUGAGAUAACAUUGGUGGAGGACGAGGACACAGAGACUGCGACAGUCUCUUCUCCUUUCUAAAUAUGUUGUCGUCGAGCUCUGAUCCUUUUAGGUUCAUUUCCCAAUAGCCCUGAGCUGGGGAGAUGAUCUAAUAGACUUUCAUUGUGGCAAGUGUUAUGCUCCCACAAGACCCUGUGUGGACCAACAAGGGUUGGUUUUCACUGAAAUAUCCGCCACCGAGAACGAAGGGGCGAAGCAUCAGAGCAGCUACAGGGGAAGUGGGCCUAACUUUUCAAACUGAGAAACAAAUGCAUUUACGUUGUUAUUGAACAUGCAUCGAAUCAUGCUCACAAUCGUUCAAACUGACAUAGGAAGCCUUACCUAAAAAAGAGAAAAUAAUUCUAGAUGUUUUUUUUUCCAUGUUUUUUUUUUUUUGUAUUAUUAUUAUUAUUAUUUACUUUAUUUUUUAUGUUCUCCCUUUUUUUACGACUUGUAUUUCUGUCUGACCUUCUCAUGUUUCAUAUGUGUGGACAAAGUGAUUCACUCUGAACACAUUCACUCACACAGAGCUCUAUAUAGUGAGACGCACAAGGCGUCGGAGGUUUCUGUAAAUCGGUGUCUUCCCAGUACAGAAUCGUGCAUAUCCAAACACAACCGUGGCCCAAACGGACAUCUGAUAGUAAUGACCAUGCAUCCAUAGACUUGGAAACUAGUUAAUGUAAAUAUUCUGUUCACAGCUCUGAAACCAGUUUCAUGAACACUCCACAGAUGUCACUAGAGGGCACAUCAGUCAGUGGGAAGGUCUUUAAUUUCAUACCAACAUUAAAGGGGUUAACCACGCGUCGACUGUGCUUGUCCUCCUAAAGUAAGCAUCGCUCCUCAACUCCAGCUAAACAUGAGGAAGUGAUGUUAGCUGUUAUCCACCAGAUGGAGAUGUACGAAUAAAUAGAUCUACGAUGUGCGAUGCACACUCGGACAAAUGAACACUCGCACUCGGGAAAAGGUUAAAGUGCAUGAUGUCCUUAGAUGGUUACUGUUUUAGGACGACAAGCAGAGAAUUUCUUAAUGUUGCAGUAUUCAAUAUGAGGAAUCUUUCUCCUGACGUUUCAUAUAUUAGUUGUGCUCUGCUUUUUUUCAGAAUUUUAUCAGACUGGGCAGCUUUCUUUUAUGACAAGCUGACUCUUUUUGACUUAUUGUAGAGACGUUUAUAUAUAUAUAUAUAUAUAUAUAUAUAUAUAUAUAUAUAUAA